GAAAACUGUUUGCUGACUUUAAUAUAAAUCUGUGUCCCCAGGUUUCUUUCCACUUCAUUAGCCUACCAACCUUUCAACGCAAUACAAGUGUUCUCUGAUUCUCUCUCUCCUCUCUCCAAAAAGAUAACAAGUUUUUGAGGAAGUAUUUAAUUUAACAGACUCCUUAAUACAAUUUCUUUCUUAUUAAACCAAACCACUUGACUCACUACAAAUAUUUCACAGCAAACUAAUAAUUGCACAAGUGUCAGACUCAAAAAGUUAUUAAUUUUUCUCUGCUGCAAUAACAAUUAAAAACAGAUUAAAUAAAAUACGAAAUUGAGAGCCAGACUGUUUUUUUUCGUGACAUUGUGAUUUCAUUUCUUGGAUAAAUAAGAGUCUUUGAGAGUGUUGUUUAUUAAUUAAAAAGUUAUUGAUCCAGUUGGAGGCUUGGCUUGGUUGUUGUUUUUGUUUUUGAAAAAAAUAAUAUAUAAAAACCGUGUCUCUUCGACAAGUGGGGAACAGUUGAUAAGUGGUCGUCGAAAAGGAAACAUUUAACUAACAUAAUUUUAAACUAUCGAGAAGAUUUCUUAAUAGUUAUUAACAUUUAACUAAUUGUAAUUAAACUGCUGAGAAGAUUGUAGAACAGUUAACUAAUUGUAAUUAAUUAAAGUUAAAUUACUUCGGAAUUAGAAAAAAGAUGGGAGUUUUGCCCCGAUUUUACCAGCAGGAUAACGAGGAGGAGGUGACCUCCGAAUUUAGUGAUCUUUCGCUAACAUCGCAACGGGACGAGUAUGACGAGGACGAUUACGGCGUCACGGUGUACAACUUGGCGGAAUGCGAGUUUCCUGUGGGGCUCGAUUUCGAGGGGGGUUCGAGUGGGUAUUUCGCCAUCAUGGACAUGGGAGAACCAGUCACAAUUACUGCGAAGCAGUCUCGCUUUGCUGCCUCAACUUUCACAACGUAUCUGGUCCGUGUGGAGUCCAACUUUCCAACUUUGUCUCACAAAUUCUGCACUGUGAGGAGAAGAUACACAGAAUUUUGCUGGUUGAGGGACGAGCUGGUCAAGAAUAAUCGAAACAGACAAGUUCCCAAACUGCCUUCAAAGAAGCUCAUUCCGUUCACCAAUUUCAACGCGUCCUUCAUCCAAGAAAGGCUGACCGGGUUGUCUCACUUUUUGCAAAGAGUAUUGGAAAACCCCACAUUUCUGCGGGAUCCAGCCCUCCUCUUUUUCCUCCAGUCGGACCGUACCGUUCAGGAAAUGCUGGAUAUGCGAAAAUCGUCCUCCAUCCGAAUUUCCUCCUGCGCCGUCCAGAUCACUUCUUCCACCGGAAGUGACACCGUCUCACCGCUCCUCCGGUCGGAAGAUGACGAAUCUUCUUCUCAAGGUGACGACGAAGAAGAGGAAAACGUCGAUUUGACCCUCAACCCCGUCGCCAAACCGUCAAUUUUAUCCACGUCGCCAUCAGAAAGCUCAGAUUUGGGAAAGUUCGGUCUACUACGUGAUGUGGGCAAGGCGCAACCAAUUCCUGUUCCGUAUCGAAAGAAUAAUAAGAAAAUCGAGGAUUCCGAUAGACUUUCUACAUCCUCCUCGGAAGGUGAUUCUGGCCAUUUUGAAGCCUCUUCCUCCGCCUCUACGUCCCCCUCCACCGCCACCACUGGGGUCAGAGACGCCAACAAAAUUUCUCAAAUCUGGGCACGCCACCAGAAACAAAAUCGUCACCAAAACCACCACAGAUAUCUUGAAGAAGACGAAUACAAUACCGCAUCCCAACCACCCUCCCUCCUCCAGGUUAACGAAUUUCUCCUCUACAACCCCACGUGCUACUAUGUCAUGCAGUAAUUCACACCAAUUAAUUAAUUAAUCAUUAUUAAGUUAAUUGUUAUUACAGUCUGUAAAAAGGUAAUUGAUUAAUUAUUAAUUACUAGAGUAUUUUUCAUAUCGUUAAUCAUUAUUACAUGCAGUAAUUGACACCAAUUAAUUAAUCAUUAUUAGUAAGUUAAUUGUUAUCAAAAAGCUAAUUAAUUAAUUAUCAUUAAUUACUAGAGUAUUUUUCAUAUAGUUAAUCAUUAUUAACAAGCUAACUACUAGUAAUUAAGCAUUAAUUACUAGAGUAUUUUUCAAAUAGUUACAUAAUCAUUAUUAACAAGUUAAUUAAUUAAUUACUAAUUAUUAAUUACUAGAGUACUUUUUUGCCAUUAUUUAGUGUUUUUUUUUUGUACGUGAAAAUCCAAUUAUUUUCCGAAUUACUUAAAUACCAAGGACAUUAUUUACAUAGUCUGCUCGCUUAUCCACCAUUUAUUAACGACAGACAGCGACAAUUAAUUAAUUGAUAUCAAUGGUCCAUUCAUUUCGUGACGAGAGGAAGACGAUGACGAUUAAAUAUUUGUGAGGCCAUUUCCUAUUCCUCUUAAAGGGAAGAAAUUAUGUAUGUAAAUUAAGACCAACUUAUUUAUUAAGCAGUUUCCUUCCUUCCUUCCUUAUUUAUUUCUCAAUCAAUAUUAUUUAAAUAAAUGUUAAAUACAUACAUAUUAAAGUUGUUAAAUGUUAUUUAGAUGUUAUCAUUUAUAAAGUUUAUAACAAAAUUUAAGAGCGAAUUAAAUAAAUUAAAUCACUUCCUGCCAAUAUUUA